AUGUCUUCGCUCGAUGACGACCCGACCGACUUCGAAGGCGUCCUUCCUGUGAUCCCAUCUGACUCCCCUCCUAUCUAUAAAGACACCAAGAGCAAUGCAGCAACAGGUGCAUCGGCCGCCGGCGUACGUGCCUUUACGGCGCAAGCGGUCGCCUUCUACUUUCGCGCGCCCGUGAAAGCGUUCUUCCGCACUCGAGUCGAUUACCUUGCGUUUGCGAAGUCCAUUAGCCCAGCCGCGCAGACAGGGAGGUGGUCAUGGAGGAGCACAACACCAGGUCUGCUGGCCAACGCCAUCAGAAUGUAUGGCUGGCGUUUCGUUCCAGAGCAACUGGCGCCUCCCCUGAUUGCAAACGUGGCUGUCGGAGCUGCGCUUUACACGAGUUAUCUUCAGAUACUGGCAAAGUUGCAUGAGCCUUCCGCGCACGCCAAAAAGUCCGUAUACCCGCCUCCGCCACCACAAAGUACAUUCCUAGCAGGCUUUGCUGCGGGCACUAUCCAGAGCGUCGUUGCAGCCCCACUCGAUGCCCUGCAGGUGAGGUUCGAACAAAGAGGGAAGAACUAUGAAGACAAGACGAUGUGGGAGUACGGCCGUGGCAAACUGAGAGAGAUCGGGCUAAGGGGCAUUUUUGCAGGCUACGGGCUGAGCUUUCUGAAGGACAGUUGUGGGAGCGGUGUGUUCUUUUGCGUCUUCGAGUGGGUCAAGGCACAAGGGUACUAUGGUUUUGUCAAGUGGUGGUAUAGAGGCACCGGCGAGGUCGAGUUCUUCACAAACACCGGCAACGAAGGCGGGAGGAGGAACUUGGUAACCGGCCAGAACGCGCCGCCAACGAAUGACGAGAGCAAUCGCCGAGUCGUCAAGCCUCAUUAUGCCAUCGAGCCAGGCUUUCUCAUGCUCGCGGGCAUGGCGGCAUCCAUCGCGCAGCAGUUUGUCCUUUAUCCUCUCUCGACAUUCCAAACUUUGCAUUACGAACGACUAGAAGACCUUGACAAGAAGGCCAUGACCCUGCAGAACUCGCCCGAGACACCGCUCGCGAGGCGCGGACGCAUGCUCCGAGCGUACUAUCAUGCUUACCAGGAGACUUGGAAACAAGCUCGAAGCCAGGCAGUCGCCCAACAGGGUGUGAGAAACUGGCUGUAUCGGGGCUUCUGGUGGUUUACGAUCAGGCAGAUACCCAGCACCAGUGCCGGGUUGGUCAUUUUUGAACUGGUCAGGAGGAAGUAUGGGCAGGAGGGACUUGGUGAUGAAGUGCGGAUUUCAGGAAGAGAGGGGCGCUAUGAUAUCUUAUUGGCUUGA